UUCAUAAAUUUUUUUUGUUUUGUUUUGUCAAACAACAACAAUCAAAUAAUCAACAAUCAACAUGUAUAACAACAAAAUUAUUUUAUUGUUUUUUGUUUGUAUGAUUUGUCGGCACGAUAUUAUUGUUUCUGGUCAAUUUUCAUUCGGUGGUUUUGGUGGAAGUGGUGAUAGCGACAGUAAUAGUGGUGGUGGUGGUAUUGGUGGUUUUUCCGGUUUUAAAUUAUCCGGUCCAUUAGGUCAAUUGAUGCGUGGAUCUAGUUCAUUAAAUUUAAUGAAUUCAAAUUUUGGUUUGGGUCAAAUUCUUGGUACAUUAAUGAGUGGAAGUACAAGUGGCGUUAGUGGGGGUGGACCAUUAACACAAUUAGCAACUGCUGCAUCAAGCCAAUAUAUGAAUGCAUUACGUAGUAAUCCAUUGUUAAGUUCAUUUGCUAAUGUUGCUGCUGGUGGUAGUCAACAAUCAGGUGGACCACCAUCAUCAAGUUCAUAUGCAGCACCACCAUCACCAUCAUCAUCACAUCCACAAUUUUCACCAAAUCAUCAUUCAAUGUUUCAAAAUCCAAUGGCAAUGUUUGGUGGUGCUGGUGAUAGUUCAAUGUAUGGACCACCAUCACAUCCAGGUGCAGGUGGUUAUGAUCAUCAUUUUGGUGGCAGUAAUGUUUUUCCACAAUAUGCUACACCCGAUAAUUAUUUUCCAAAUGGCGGACAUUAUGGUGGACCACCAUCAUUUCCACCAUCACCAUAUGGACCACCAUCAUCAUCGUAUGGACCACAAAUGCCACCAUCAAUGAUGCAUCAUCUUGAUCGUAAAAAAUAAAAUCAAACAAAAAAAUCAAAAAUCAAUCAAUCAAAUUCCAUAAUAUCCUCAAAAUAAUCUUCAUAAUCAAUCAAUCAUUUUUCCUCGUCGUCAUUCAUCAUUUUUUUUUAUUAUUUUCAUCAAUUUUUAAACAAGAAAAAAAAUUCAUUUUUCAAAUUUUUUUGUCUCUCUUCUUUUGUGGAGAACUUACUUUACACAGUCACAAAAUCAUUAUUAUUUUUAAAAAACUUUUUUCAGGCAAAAUGAUAAACAGUUGCCACGUAAU